AUGAGUCCUAUAAAACGACGCCGCACAAUUAAGUCAUGCAAAUACUGUUAUGAGCAUAAGCUUAAAUGCAAUAAGGCCUCCCCAUGUGACAACUGUGUGCGGUUAAAGGUAGAAGAACAAUGUAUAUAUGGUUUUAACAAGGGUAAUCCUUUACCUGGCAAAGGACAUCAGGGUUCGACAAACGAUGUCAAAGUGGCUCAUACGAACCGCACAGUAUUCAAAACAAAAAGCUAUUAUCCUUUUUUUUCCAAUUCGAUCAAUGAGAGAGUUCUUUCUGCUUCAGAUGGAGACGAAGAGUAUCAUUUUAAAGGGAAGUUAAAGGGAAAUGAAAUCACCAAUUUCAAUAAACUAGAAAUUGAAAUGAUGACUAUGGCUGAUAUUAUUAGUUUGAUCCCCACUAAUAAGGCUUCAAUGUACUUGAUUGUGGAUACAUACUUUGCCAGCGUUGACCCUAUUUUACCAAUAUUGGGGCAGAAUGAUUUAAGUAGCACUGUGGAAGCAGUAUACUUGAGUUUACAAAAUGAAGUUAUUGCAGAGAUACCACAAAUCUGUCUUUUAUUUUCUGUGCUUUUCGCUGUUUCGUACUCAAAUGUUGCUAAGGGCGAAAUACCUGAUAUAUUACUCUGUCGAAAAUACUACUCUGCUUUUGAAGUAUUACUGAAAGAGAUGAAUUUUCCCGUCAAACCAUCUUUAGAGGCACUUCAAGCAUUUGUGAUUACGAACUUUAUUAUAGAUCCAAAUAUGGUUGAUUUUCUUACAGAAUCCUCGAUGUUAAUUAGAGUAGCUCAACAGUUGGGUCUGCAUAAAGAGUGUUUUUAUCAGAUGAGUGGUAAAGACCAACAAAGUUUACGACUAUUGUGGCAUUACUUACUUUAUAUUGAAGGAUCGUCAUCAGUGGUUGCUGGCCUUCCAUUUUUAAGUUCGAAAAGGAUGUAUGAGGCGGUCCACAUGGCCUCAAUCGAUAAAUCACAACAUGGUUCAUACAUCGCAUUUGCAAAUGGCAGAUUUGCCAUAAAUAAUUUCUUUCGCAUAAUAAUGACUUUGGGUGAUUUGGAAAAAGCACCACGCAAGAAGGUUCUGAGCGGAGUAGAGAAACAUUUGAAUCGUCUUUAUGCAAACAUUAGUCAAAUAUGCGCAUCGAUAAGAUCCUACAAUACAAGUCACGGAGAGUACUUUGCCAGCACUCUUCAUAUUUUCGUAUUCAGGGCUCAUUUAAGGUUCAGAGCUCUGUUGUCAGAAGGCUACCGAACUGAGCAGAUCAUUGUGAGUAAACAAACCAAUCCGACCGUAAAAGCUUUCAAUGUCGAAGAAUUCCUGGAAACAAAACAUUCAUUCGAUGUUUUAACAAUACAGCUAUCUCUAAUCCUACUUUUCUACACAUUGAGGAGGCUGAUUGAACAGGACUGUGCGGUAUACGAUUGGUACACUCGGGGAUCAACUGUUAUGCAAUAUUUAUUUGUGGUCAUAAAGGACAUAUAUCUAUUUCCCAGUAGCAAUUAUGCAUUCAUAAACUUUCCACCUGAGCUGCAAAAUUCUGCAUCAAAAGACAUAAUUGAAUGUCUCGAUACGAAUCCCGUGUUCUCAAAAUUUGUUUUGAUAGAAGAGUUAAUGAAAGUACUGGAGAUCAAGUUAGCACCUUUAUGGCGUGGAGAUGAUCUGUACAAAUUUUUCCUUGUGAGAACGAUCAAGGAAAAGGUCUGGAAGGUCCAUGAGAGACUUGUCAGGCAAAAUGCUUUCGAGCUAGAAACCCUUCGUAAAUGUAAUCUAUUCCAAGCCGGGCGAGUGCACAUAGAUUUGAUCAAAAGUUUGAACUUCGAUGAAUUCAUGAAACAGUGGGAAUUUGACAAGACUCAAUUCGAUAUGGAAAAGAUUUUGAUGAACUGGUUAUCCGAAUUUUAG